CCCAUUUUGGCCCAAAAGUCCAAAAUAGGAGCGUAAGUCUUUGAAACGCCGUCGUUUCGUCGUCGUCGUCCUCCUCCUCUACCUGAUCUAGGGUUUCUGUGUGGUUGUCAAGCGGAGAGAAAUGGAUGCCAUCGACUCGGCCGUUGAUCCUCUGAGAGAGUUCUCCAAGGACAGUGUUCGUCUUGUCAAGCGUUGCCACAAGCCCGAUCGCAAAGAGUAUACGAAGGUGGCGUUCCGUACAGCUAUUGGAUUCGUCGUGAUGGGAUUCGUUGGCUUUUUCGUGAAGUUGAUCUUCAUUCCGAUCAACAACAUCAUCGUUGGGUCUGGUUAGGCCUUGUGAAGAUCUGAGUCUAGUACAAGAGAAUAGAGGCUAUCCGGUUGAGCAGUGCUUUGUAACAAACAAUGUUUAGGUUCUUUUUUGAUGUGCACGACUUAACUGAGUAAACUAUAAAAACUAGAAGUUUUGGAUUUCUUUCAAGCUCUCAUGAUGGGUACCAUUUGUUCUUA